UUGACAGUAGUUACCGUACGGGUUGAAACUAACCGAAUGGUAAUCGAUUAUCCCUUCUCCCCCCUCUAUUUCAACGUCAUACGUCAAAGAGUUUUCUGCAUUCACGUCCACAAUUGUUCUUGUCUGACUGAUGUAGGCUGGCGAGGGAGGCUGCUUUGUUGUGGUUCUAGGGGGCAGUCGGUCGCUGUUUACAACUUUCUGUUCAAAGCAUCUGGAAUUUUUCUCAGAAAAAUUGCAGGGCGGUCAUUUUUGGAGGACUAGGAGAACUGGACGAGUUCUUGGAGGAUUGGCGAGCAUCAUCGAUAUUAAUGACACAAUGCCCAACGAUAAAAUCAUUAAACGAAUUCCUGGAGAAGUGGGAGUAUCAAGAAAGGAGAGCCAAGGAUUUAUGGAUAAUUUGGAGAGUAAAACAAACAUUGAAAUCAGAGAUCUAUUGGAGAGGCAGAAUAAACUGCUAGGGAAUAAGUCUUUUAUCUCUAAGCUACCGGAUAAAGGCGAAAAAAUUUCGAAAUUCCGAGGGAAAUUACUGCAAGAACUCUCGCGGCGGAAUGAAGUGGAAGAAGCUGCUAAAUUGUUGUCUCGAUUGAACAUCGCCUCUGAAGGAAAGGAUGCCAUGAAUGAACUGGAGUGGACUGGAAAGUAUAGCGAAGGAAACGCGAGCAGGAAAAUCGUCGAAUUGGACAGUGAUGAUGAGGAAGAUCCAUUGAAAAUUCUCGCACAGCCUACAGGAACAGGAGUUCAUAAGAAAAAAUUCGUAAUUCUCCCGCCGGAAGAGAGUCUAAUAAACGACGAGGAUCUGACAGAAAUCGAGUCCUUCAAAAGUGAUUUAUCACUCCCACAGCAUAUCAAGUACAUAGUUGAUAAAGUUGAGAAAGAAGGGAAUGCCAUGAGAGAACCAUUCAAGCCAUACAAAACAACAAAAACGAACGUUCACGAUCCAAUGAAAGAGAAAGUGCGUAAGAAGGAUAAACAUUGGGAAGUGACAGCAGCUACUCCACCUCUGAUUGUCCAUGGUGCUGUGCAGAGUCUCAGUAUGAAUGAGUCUUUGAAGUUACAGAAGGCUCAGGCGGAGAAAUUGAGGGAAAUACAAGUAAAACAUGCGAUUGAGCGCCUAACGCAGCAGGCGGGGGUGUACACAGUUGGUAACGUGACAAACGCUGGUGUUUAUCGAUCUCGGAAUGAAAAAAGUGACUCCUCAGACAGUGAGACUGAUGAGGAGCAUGAGGUUCACGAUGAAGAGGAUAACGACAAAGCUGGAACUGUUGUCUUCACCGUUGAGUCUACGCUUCAAUCGAGUGGUCACGAAUACAUGUAAAUAAAUAAUUUGACUUGCUCCAUACCGGCGGACACAUAUAUAAUAUAGCAGAUUUGUGCUUCGAAGGUGUUAUUAUGUUUACUUCAAUUUAUUAAAUUAAAAUGGAAAUAUGAAAUUAGUAAAUUAAUGAGAUUAUCUUUAGUCGAAUUGCCAAUGUAAUUGAUUAGUUUAAGUUGGUCGUAUUUUCAAAUCUUUGUUAUGGAUUUAAUAAAUUAGGUUUAAUUAACUUUCACUAAAAGGCUGAAUAAAAAUAUCAGAUUUAUUGUU